CACGGAUUUAGCCUCCAACGCCAGACUGAAGAGGCAUCAUGGGUUUAUCUGAUGCUUUGGCGUGGUACCAGAACGUGUUAAGGAUUCGCUUUAUCUUUCGGGAUGUUGAGAGGAUUUAUUUUCCAUUACUCGCUGCCGUUAGUGUGCCUCUUAACGUGAUAACGAUUGUCAUCCUCUCCCGCGGAAAGUGCGGUCUCUCCAGAUGCGUCACUGGCUACCUCCUGGCCAUGGCAUCGGCGGACCUCCUCGUGGUGAUCUUCGACGUGAUAUGGAGGCACAUACCCAUUCUGUUUCGGGAAGACUUUCUGUUUCUGCAGGAUGUGGAAGUGUGCAACAUUCACGCUGCCCUGCUUUUUGCAUCCACUGACUGUUCUGUUUGGUUCACCGUCGCAUUCACCUUCGAUCGAACUGUGGCCAUUUGUAACCAGAAGCUGAAAGUGAAAUAUUGCAGUGAGAAAACGGCGGCUACGGUUGUGGGAACAGUGACGGUGCUGAGCUGUUUCAAGAACAUCAUCUGGUGCUUUAUGUAUAACCGCACCUAUCGUUUUGUAAAUGAUCCUAUGUUUUGUGGGAUCGAAUUCAGUGACCCUAAAUUACAGCUGUGGGCGUCUUUGGAACUUGCUCACUACGCUGUCACACCCUGUGCCCCAUUUGCACUGAUCCUGCUGCUCAACAUUUUCACCGUCAGGCACAUUUUAGUGAGCAGCAGAGCCCGCAGCAGACUCCGGGCUCACAGCAAGGGGGAGAGUCCCAGAGACCCCGAGAUGGAGAGUCGAAGGAGAUCCAUCAUCUUAUUGUUUGCUGUCUCUGGCAAUUUCAUUGUCUUGUGGGCGGUGUUUACCGUGACCGCGAUACUUCAACGAAUCUCUCACCUGGAUACGAUAUUCACCGUGCCGGACUAUGUCCCCGAGUUAGGCUUCAUGCUCCAGCUCCUGAGUUGCAGCACGAACACUGGGAUCUACGCUGUGACCCAGUCUAAGUUCAGAGGACAAUUUAAAAAUGUGGUCACAUACCCCAUCUGCCUGUUGACGAAAUUAACUAAACAGUGCGUGGAUGGUGGGCGCCUCCUCAACUCCAGCCCAUAAUACAGUCACAUCCUGGUGUCAGCAGAGCGCUGCAGUGAGUAAGAGAGAGUUGUCGACUUAGCCAUGAAUGGCUUGUCAUAAAUUGUCAGGGGCUGUUUCAGAGGUGUUAGUGUUCAGCGAAGUACAAGUAUUUGAUUUUGAGGUGGUGCGUGAGGGCCACAUCGAAGUGGCUCAGUCAAUCGUUGUUAAGUUCGGCAGGUCAGCGGGUGAAUGAUCCUCACAGACACUGCUGAGCUUUGAAUUUGGAGGCUGCGUUAGGUCAUGGGCUUCCUAUCGAUCGUCCGUAUGUCUCUGUAUCUAUGUAUCUAUCUCUUUAUCCAUCUAUCUAUCUACCAAUCUAUCGAUCUAUAGUCUACGUAUUUAUUUAUCUAUUUUUCUCUCUAUCUGUCCAUCUGUGAAUCAGUCUCCCUAUCUACUCAUCCAUUCAUCUAUCUACCCAUAUCGGCAGCUGUUGCCACGCAGGAAAUGGACAUGCAUUCAAAAUUGUGCACAUCAUGCAUCAGGAAUUGGGAUCGAACCACAGCAUGCGCACUCCAAACUGUGAGGUGUAAGAUGCAAGCACGUGUCCUCUUGGGCUUGAGUAUCAGUCAUUGACAGUGCUGGGAAAGGGGGCGAAUUUGUUUCGAUGUUUACUCUCUGAAAUUUCACAGAAAAUCCAGCCUGCAGGAAAAUUGUCAUUUCUUUCUCUCGUGCAAUAAACACACAUCUGCCUGAAAAUCCCAGCGGCAGCCUCGUGUGAAUUUCUUUUAUUGGUGAACCCACGCUCGCUGGGAAUUUUCAUGAAUGUGACCUGUCAAGCCAUCAGACGAUCUGGAAUCUGACCGCAUCAGCGUUUCUGCAAACAAGCCGAAAACGAAUUCAUCAUGAUUUUGUGCAUUCGGAUGAUGGCCUUUCUUACAAUCCACAAAAUGCAGAGAAUUGAACUUUUGUUGCUCUAGGCUCCUGAGAAAGGUUAAUGAAAGCAGUGGUUCAAACCUUGUACUGUAUCUGACCAAUUCAUGGCCACGACCUGGGGGUGUUUUUACUUCAACAGCCUAGAGAGCCCUUUGCUCUGCAUCUAAACCUGUGCUGUCGCUCUCCUGGGCGGGUUCGAUGGGCGACCAUAUCGAGCUUGACUCUCAGUCUAAACAGCACUGUGCCAGUCCUGGGAAUAUUUGCCGGUG